GUCACUUUGCCUUUCCUUUCACCAAAUACACCACUGGACCAAAGGACAUGGAUCCUGGAAAACAAACAUAUUCCUUCUUGCAAAAUUCAGAAUAACCACGAUUAAUUGACUGAAGCAGUAACAUGGUGCCAUCUACACACAGUAAAACUUCUGACAGGAAAAUUCAGAAAAUUCUGAUAGCUGCUUUUCUUUUCUUCCAAAUCUGCAUGGCCUCUCCUUCCAACAGGGAAGAGACAGAGGUGUCUGAGCAGCACAGGAAGCCAGGCUUCUGCUACUUCGGAAGAGUUCAGUCCUGCUGCUAUGGCUGGAGAAACGUUAAUGGAGAAUGCCAGCCUGUGUGUAUAAAGCCGUGCAUAAAUGGCAUCUGCAUUGGUCCAGACAAGUGCUCCUGCACUGAAGGCUACACGGGGGAACAGUGUAAUGAGGACAUAAACGAGUGUGGCCGACCCAGCAGGCCUUGCUCCCACAGCUGUAUGAACACACCUGGCAGUUUCCGCUGUUAUUGCGAUCCUGGAUACACGCUGGAUGCUGACGGCAAAUCCUGCAACCGUCCAGAGAAGCCUGACUGCACUCGACUUCACUGCCAAUUGGGUUGCCAGAUUGGCAGUAAUGGUGCGUUGAUCUGCUCAUGCCCACCUGGACUCCAACUGGCGCUAGAUAAGAGAACAUGUAAAGACGUUGAUGAGUGUAAAGGUGCCUUCUCUGCCUGCUCAGAACGGCAGACCUGCAGGAACACUUUCGGAAGUUAUGCGUGCGUGUGCAGGUCCGGUUACAUGUUGGGAAUAUUAGGGAACUCCGUCACAUGCCGAGAUGAAGACGAGUGUGUGACAGGUCGCCACCGCUGCAGCCGCCAUGCACAGUGUGUGAACACAGACGGCUCGUACACCUGCCAGUGUGAAAAUGACUACGCUGGAGACGGCUUCAGCUGCUGGAAACGGAAAAGUGGAAGGUCACAGAACGGCAUGUACUUCCAAUAUAAACUCUCGAAACGAAGCAGGACGACAGAUACGGGCUGAUGAAAGAAGCCUGGAGAAGGUCUACAGCUGUGCUCUCUCUGGCAAGAGAGAAGUGUCAAAAGAGUGCACUGUGUGCUCCUGAUGUUUGUUUUCUCAUCCGUGUCUUAUAACAGUUUAAUUCCGUGUGCAUGUGUUCAUUUGAGCAGCUGUGCUUAUUAUUAGCAUGUCUAUUUUAAUGGCUGUAUUAAUGGAAUCUGAUUAUGUUUUGAAUUAUGGACCAAGAAAAAUACAGUCUGCUGACUUUCCACCACUGUUUGAGUGGCAAGCUUUUGCUUAUGUAGAAACCCUUUUUCCACCAUAGGAGCUUUUUCUGAAACUUUUUUUCAGCACCUCAUACACUUUAACCUCAUUUCCAUUGGAGGAAGCCAGACGAAUUUCAGUUCCUAGGCCAUAGCUUUUAUCCUCAUUUUUACAUCCUAUUGCAAAACAUGUACUUCCCCCGAGUGUUUAAGUUAGCAUAAGAACUGUCUCUGUCAAGCUGGGAAUAGUGAACACAAUCCAAAGCUUAGCAUAGAACCAUAUACACUUCAUUAUUAAACUUUUACUGCUGCAUGAUUAUAAAAACCUUUUCACAUAUUCAACUUCUCUAUAUGUGCUGCACAGAUAAUAAUAGUUUUACUGUCAUCUCUCAUUUGAAAUGUCAUACUCACACAACAAAAUUACAAUAAACUACAAAUCAGCUUCAGCUUCCUCCAUGUUGUAUGCCAGGAUGUUUAUUUUAAUGAGCAGUAAACAGCAAAACAGCCAAUAAAGGAAAGA